GUAUGUAUCAUCUCAACACUGAAACGCUCUUGAUUAUUUCUUAGUCAAUUUUUAAUAUCAAUUAAUUGAAUCAAUCACGGUGUAUCUUUGAAUGCGUGCUUUGAUUCAGAUUCGGUGUAUCUGGGAGUAUAAAUAGGUCAUCAUUCUUCCUUUUACAAACAUCUUAUCAAUAUGUUUAAACAGCAAAUACAUUCUUCCUUAUCAAUAUGGCUAACUCCUGUUUUUUCAACUCCCCUGGCGAAGUCAUUUAUACCUUCUCAUAGAUGUUACAUCAAGAGUAACCAGACUUCAUCAGGGUUCGUGUUCACUAACCUUUCGUCUCAGGUUCGACUGGUCAGCCUCUGUUUUCAAGAGGUGUUAAAUAGAUCCAAUAGAUGUAACUCAUCUCCGUGCCAAGAAAAGAAAAAAAGGAAAUCUAGAGUGAAAGGAGUGAUCAGGGUUCCUGCCGUUAUCAGCAAGAUGGAAAAUAUUCUAGCAAAUGAGUAUUCAUGGAGAAAAUAUGGUCAAAACCACUCAAAG